CAAAACUAACUCGUUUUUGAAUCGAAGAGCGAAUUCCGUCUUUCUAUCUCUCUCUGUCUCUCUCCUCAGGGUUCAGUAAUGGCUAAAGAAGGACCCAACUGGGAAGGAUUGCUCAAAUGGAGCCUCGCAAACGCCGACGGAACACGGCCUCCUCGACAGUUGAGUGAGGAGGAUCGGAGAUGGUUCAUGGAAGCUAUGCAAGCGCAGACUAUUGAUGUUAUUCAGCGAAUGAAAGAGAUCACUCUUGUUAUGCAAACUCCAGAUCAAGUAUUGGAGGCUCACGGUGUUACUUCAGCUGAUAUUGAAGAUAUGUUAGAAGAGCUACAGGAGCAUGUUGAGUCCAUUGACAUGGCUAAUGACCUUCACUCAAUUGGGGGUUUGGCCCCUCUGCUUGGCCACUUGAAAAACUCCCAUUCUGGCAUUCGAGCAAAGGCUGCAGAGGUGGUUAGUACCAUUGUUCAGAACAAUCCCAAGAGUCAGCAACUUGUAAUGGAAGCGAAUGGCCUAGAACCUCUCCUCAAUAACUUCACUUCAGAUCCUGAUGUAACAGUCCGGACCAAAGCACUUGGGGCAAUAUCCUCCUUGAUUAGGCACAACAAACCUGGAAUUGCCGCAUUUCGACUGGCGAAUGGUUAUGCAGGACUGAGGGAUGCAUUGGGGUCAGAAAAUGUUAGAUUUCAAAGGAAGGCCCUCAACUUGGUCCACUACCUGCUACAUGAGAACUAUUCAGACCACAACAUAGUUACUGAGCUAGGAUUUCCUCGCAUCAUGAUGCACCUGGCUUCCAGUGAAGAUGCUGAAGUGCGAGAAGCAGCACUAAGGGGACUUCUUGAGCUUGCCCGUGAAAGGGGAAGUGGGAUCAGCAACAGCAGUUUGGUUGAAGACAAUGAAAAGUUGAAGCAAAUUCUGCAGGAUAGGAUCAAAGGUAUCAGUGUGAUGUCUCCUGAUGAUCUUGGGGCUGCUAAGGAGGAGAGGCAUCUUGUUGACUCCCUGUGGAAUGCUUGCUACAAUGAGCCUUCUUCUCUCCAAGAAAACGGUCUACUUGUUCUUCCGGGAGAAGAUGCACCUCCGCCAGAUGUUGCAAGCAAGUUUUUUGAACCUCCUCUUAGGGCUUGGGCUGCUGCAAACCCAUCGACAAAUCAAGGCUCCAAGAGUGCUAAGAAAGAGGCCCCGCUGCUCCUGGGGAUGGGUUCUCCAUCUACUACCACUCAAGUUGAGAGAAGUACAAACUCAGGUGGUGAUGCACCAGGGAAUCCACAAACAUGAAAAGCCUGGUAGAGUACAUUGGUAGCAACAAUGAAGUGCUAGAAACUGGUGUAUGAUAUUUGUUGUUUCCUCUCUUUUUAA